CGGAUCACUCGCUAUAUCGGACAGAUCCUUCGGAUUUUGGCCGUCCGGGACAGCGGGGUGUGAGUGUACAGUACCAGUACAGCACAAGUAUUCGAGUACUGGUUGGAUAGUGGAGACGGUUGUAGACCAACACCAACUCCGAUCCAAGUUCCUCGGGCUGCCAUCUAAAAUGAGAGGAAAUAUCCACCAAGUUCGACCAAAAUCCACAGACCAAAAUCAGGUAUCCGAUCGUUUUCCGGACGGUUAACUCCUCUCAAACCCCCUAAAAUGAAAAUGGACCCUAGAAAGCGCUUCCAUCACAGUAGGAAGUGAAGAGAAAGCUCCAAUGUCGGCCGAUAAAUUCCCGAACCGUACUCCACCGCGGUAACCAACUCCCAGCUCCCAUAUCCGCAGAGUUCACUGUGAGGAGUUUCUUGACAACGAUGCUCCCCUCGCUAGAGACCUCACCCAACCACAGGGCAUUCGUACCUGUGCGAUAAGAUAAGCUCAAUUCCUGGGCGUUCAAUUGGCCGAGCCUCAAGGCUUUUUAGCCAAUCACAAGCUGUGAGAUUGAUGCCAGGGCAGAUAGCGCCCGAAACCUUAUUGGGCUCUCAGAGUUUUCCAACAGUUGCUCGCAUCCAACCAUUUCCUUAAGAGCGUCAAAUCCUAGUCAGCCAUGUUACGAGGAACGCACCGGUUGGUCUUUAGAGAAAUGCUCGGUCGCCCUGCAAGUUAGGCUGCUAGCAGGGCUUCGCCCCAGCGCUUUUCUUCUCAACUGACAGCAAUCGUUGGCUGCGAGAUUUCAACCAUCCGCACUCCUGCAAAGCACUUCGUUCAAUCCAGUUCAUAUGUAGGUGCCAGGGGAGCCCCCCUUUCAGAAUUGAGAAAGGUGUAUACCAAGUUUGACUUGCUAGCCGAGAAUGCAAUAAGUUCGGGGGGCAGCCUCACUGUAUCUACAAUUGAGCUUCCCCUCGUUUGCUACUCCCCCCAUUCUUAUGAUCAUUGAACUCUAGUUAUUACCGAGAGAAUGUCUGCGGAUCUAGGACUUGCUCUUGUUUCUGAUCCCGAUGGAGAUCAUUCCGCAGAUCUAGUAUUCAUUCACGGGCUCGGCGGCCACCGUUCCCGCACAUUCACAAACAAGCACUCCGAAUUCUGGCCCCCCUGGCUUACUCAAGCGAUCCCUAAAGGUCGGGUGUGGACUUACGGUUAUAAUGCGAAAGCGAUUCUGGGUUCCGAAGAUGAUCUGUCACUUCAUGCGACGAAACUCUUGAGAGCGCUGGUCGCUGAUGAUGUUGGGCGAAAGAAAGGGAAAAGUAGCAAUCGCGACAGACCAUCGCGGCCUGUGAUUUUUCUUGCACAUAGUCUUGGAGGAAUUGUGGUGAAGAAGGUUAGUCUAUAUUCCCACCAUUGUUACAGAACCCUAGUUUAAUGGGUUUUGGAUACAAAGGCUAUGGUUAUUGCAUCCACUCCAGGGCAAUCCUGGUCCUAUCUGUUCUCUACAGCGCCAGCAGUAAUUUUCAUGGGCACACCUCAUCGCGGGUCGUAUUGGGCGCAAAGGCUCUUCAUGGCAACGGCAUUAAGCCAGGCCUUCCUUCCACGUUCCGAGUUCCUUCAUGUGCUGCGAGAUCGGUCGUCGAUGCUUGCCACACUGGCAGAACAGUUCAACAGUGUUUGGGGCAGAAAGCAAGUUUUAUGCUUCCGCGAGACUGCACGAGUGGGCGGCAUUGGGAUGGUACGACGCACCCAUUUGAAUAUCUACACACGGUCGUGAGUUAAUAUUUAGCUGGUAAUUAGAUCGUAGAACCCAAAUAUGCGGUGACAAAUUGCCGAAAAGAAACUGUUAUCGACGUCGUAAAUUGCGAUCACCACCAGAUUUGCAAGCCAGAAUCUAUGCAGAGCCCACUAUUUCUGAGUAUCGUGAAACACAUUGAGCUCUUCCUCAAGAGCUCAGGUCCGUCCAGCCCAGGGCUGAAGCCUCCGAAGACAAAGCCAAAUGAGAAACACAAAGCCCAUUCAGCGGUCAAACCAGCCGAAAAGUCAAAGCCUGCCGGGAAGGCGAAAUCGGCGCAGAAGGAAAAAUCGAAGGAGAGGACAAAAAGGACCAGGCCGGUCGAGAAGGUGAUAACAGUUGAGAAUAUCACGCCAGUUAUUUUAUUCAAACCCCCAAAGCCGCCCAAGGCUCCAAGGAACAUGCUCGUCAAAGCCAGACCCCUCCCGAAACCACCGAAAUCGCAACCGACUCCUCAAAGCCCGCCACACCCAGCACCAAAAUCAGCAUCAGUCCGAUCACUACCAAUAUGGGCGCCCUCAGCCCCGCCCCCACCUCCACCGCCACCGACGCGGUCGUAUUCUGCUCCCAGAGCGAAGAAAUCAGAACCUGGUCUCUUGUUACGAUACCUUGCCGGGUGCUAGGGUUAAUCAAUCCUCAAAUCACACACGCUCUCUCUCAUCUCUCUCUACUCUCGCAGCAGGUCUGCAAUAUGUAUAUAUAUUUCAUCUGUACCUCUUACAUCCUACAUAUCGGAUCGGAAUCUUCUUACGGGAAAUGUUAAAUAAAUUGUACUUGUGGCCGGGACAACUCACAGAUUGACACUA